AUGCUGCAAGCAAAUCAACUUCAUGGUAUUGUUGGGAAACCUAUUUCCAAUUCUGGGUUUCCCCAUUUGCAAGUUAUAGAUCUAUCUUACGACAAUUUUACAGGCACAAAAAUAUUCUACGAUAGGAUUCAAGAUGUUUUGGCAGCUAUUGACCUCUCAAACAACAUGUUCAAAGAAGAGAUUCCUGAGUCCAUUGGGAGCUUACAAGGGCUUCAUGGAAUUUAUCAAACCUUCGAAUCGCUUGAUCUUUCUGGGAACGAGCUUUCCGGAGAAAUCCCUCAUCAACUUAUGCAGCUCACAUUUCUUGCAUUCUUCAAUGUAUCUUAUAACCAUCUUACAGGACCUAUACCACAAGGAAACCAGUUUGGCACAUUUGGUACGAGUUCAUACAUUGGAAACUUGGGGUUGUGUGGUAAUCCUUUACAAGUAAAGUGCGGAAAUUCUGAGUCCCCCAAAGUACCUCCAGCAAGUUUUGGGGAGAACAAAAAUCCAUUUUUUGGCUUUGAAUAUGAUUGGAUAACAAUUUUGCCAGGUUAUGGUUGUGGACUAGUAGUUGGGCUUGUUGUUGGGAAUAUUGUUAUCACAGAGAGGCGAUACUGGUUUACGAAGAUUUUGUACCGCAUCAUGAACGAAAGAUGA